UCUUCAGGAGGAUAAAUAGAAGCUGUACAUGAGUUUAAUCUGUGUCUGUGUCUGCAGCAGUGAACAACAUGGUGCGCUCUGUCCUCUGCCUCCUGACUGUGGCCCUGGCCUUUGUGCCUCUGCUCUCUGCUGUGAAAGUGGAUUCAGAGAAACCUGGAGUCUGUCCCAAGCCCAGGACAGACAUUCACACAGAGGCCGGUUGUCUGGAUCAGUGCUCCACAGACAGUGAAUGUCAGGGAAACCGGAAGUGCUGCUUCGACGGCUGUGGACAUGUUUGUGAAAAGCCAAUAGGUGGGCCUAAGCCUAAGGCCAAACGAGGAUUGUGCCCUAGUCCAGGUGAUUUUGGGAUCUGUGAUCAUGUGUGCUACGCUGACGAAGACUGUGAGGGGGACGAUAAAUGCUGCUCCAAUGGCUGUGGGCAAAUCUGUCAACGACCAGUCAUAAAAACCAAACCAGGAUCCUGCCCUGACCCGAUCCUCCAUUUCAACACAUGUAAAAAGGGCUGCACUGAUGACAGUCAGUGUCCCAGGAACCUCAAAUGCUGCAACAGCAACUGUGGACUCCAGUGUGUGCCCCCUCAACAUGGCUGA